AUGGCUGGAAAUAGAGUAGAAGAAUCAAAUGGAACUGCUCAGCACUACAUAAUGUGUGCCAUAUGUGGAGAGAGCUCCAACCUCUACUGCAAUGAUUGCCAACAGAGCAUGUGUGAGCGGCACAGAGAUAUCCAUCUCAAAGAAGAGAAAAACAGACACCAUGAAGUUGUUCUUUAUACGAACAGAAGAAUACCCUUGCCUGUAGAAAAAUGUCCAAUUCAUCCAACAAGAGAUCUUGAAAUUUACUGUGACUACUGCAGGGAUCCUAUUUGUUCCAAAUGCUCUACUUCAAAUCACAGUAAUCACAAGACAUCUGAUCUGGAGGUUGUCUACAAUGAAAGACUACAACAAUGCAAAGAUCAAAUGACAAAGAUUCAUGAAGAAAAAAUAAAUUCCCAGAAAGAACGAACAGAAAAAGAUGAGGAAAGAUUUAACCUAGUGAUAUCAUUUAUGAUGCAAAGAGCUGAAGAGAUGAAAGAAGUUGUGGAUAUCGUUCUCUACGAUAAGGUUGUUGAGCUUGGUACAAUGAAAGAAUCAUUUUUGAAAGAAACAGAAAAGGAGAGGUUGCAAAUAGAAGCCUCAAUUGUAAAACUUAAAAACGAGAUGGAAACUGCAUCAAUAAAACCGUCCAGUCUUUUAACAUUCCAUCAGAAGAUUUACUCACAAGCACUGGAAAUCAUGAAAAAAUACAAAGCAGAUCAUCCAACAUUGCCAACAUUUAUUAAAGGUACAGAAGAUAAAAAGGAGAUAGCAAAACAGUUUGGGGAAAUUAAGUGGCCAGUAGAGAAUCUGAUUUUUUCUCGACACGAAAAAGCAAUGGAUUUUAGUCAGAGCUUUCCACCUCUGAUUAAGAAGAGAGAAGGAGACAGCAGAACAAAAUCGCUGUGCAAGAUUCAAGCUGCUCUGUCAAUUAAAUUUGAUGUUAAAAAAGAAAGAAAAAUUAACAUUUGUACACCUGCGUAUCAUUUAUCUAUUUUGUCGUCGGGGAAAUUCUGGGCCAGUAACAGCUGGGGGAACCUCAUCCUAUUUGACAUGGAUGGAAAUGUGUUAAAGAAAAUAUCCACUAAUGUAGUAGAUGUCAUAGGUUACCACACCGUCACCAUGGAGGGGCACCUUCUCUUCACAACUGCCAAAAGUAAAGUAAUCUGCCACGUGACUAGUGAAAUGAACACAAGAAUAAUCUCUUCUGAGGAGUGGGAACCAGGGGCUAUUUACUCCUCCCACAUCAAUCGAGACAUACUGGUGGGAAUGAAUAAAAAUAAAGAAUUCAAGGUGACCAGAUACAGCAGGGAAGGGAAGAAACUCCAAGUGACCAAGAAUGAUGAUAAAGGGAACAACCUAUACAAAAGUAUAACCUACAUCACAGAGAACAUCAACGGUGACAUCUGUACAACAGACUAUACUGCCCAUAGAGUGGUGGUGGUGACCAGAUCAGGACAGCACCGGUUCUCUUAUUCUGGCCACCAGUCUCAGUCUGGAUUCCAUCCUUAUGGAAUCUGUACAGACAAGCUAGGACAUAUCUUGGUGUGCAACAGCUACUGUCCUUUGCUUGGAAAUUACUCCGGUGUCCACCUGCUGGAUAUGGAUGGUCAGUUCCUGUCACUUUUACUCUCACCAGAUCAAUGUCCACACAAGCCCCGUGCUCUCUGUUUUGAUGACCAGCACACUUUAAUGGUCGGGAGUGAGGAUAGUUCUACUGUCACUAUGUACGAAUAUUACCAGAAGGAAGAAAAUUAA